AGCGGAGACAAGACCGGAGAACGCAAGCCAGUCGGAAAGAGAGUGCUUUCUUCGUGGAUCGGCGAUGGUGAAGGUCCUCGUAUAUAAGCAACUGCUGGUAGUGCAAUUGUCAGUGUGAUUCGUCCCAUCGGAAACGCCUAUCUGCUUACACCUACGAAACCGGAUGACGAUGUGGCGAGUAUUUUUUUUCGCUUUGGCCGUGGUCGCCGCGAGGGCCUCUCAUUUCUCCUCCCUGGAAGGCCAUGGUCUCCAUUCGAGCGAGCCGAAGCUUAUCUCGCAAUCGGUUCAUCUGAAAGAAAUACCGACCAAAAUCAUCAAGGUCACGAAAACCGCGGUCGUCAAGGUGCCGGUUCCCUAUCCAGUCAAGGUGCCCCAUCACAUACCCGUCCCGGUGCCAGUGAACCAUCCGAUCGCGGUUCCGUAUACGAAGCUGGUGAAAGUUCAGGAACACGUGCCGGUCGAGGUGUCCAGGCCAGUCCCGAUCGAGAUCCAUCAGCAGGUACCGGUGGUGGUGCCGAAGGCGGUCCCGGUGCCGCAGCCGAUUCCGGUUCCUCAUCCUGUAACGGUGAACAAGCCUGUCUUCUAUCCGGUACCACACCCGAUCCCAUAUCAGGCGAGCCAUUCCGAGGGUGGUAUCGGAGGUGGAGCUGGAGGAUACGAUUCUGGGGAUCACGAGGGCCACGAAUCGGAGAGUUACAGCUCUUACACGGUGAAUCAACACGGGCACGAGCAGGACGUGCAAGGUGCAGCCCACUUCCAACCCUCUCAACCCGAUUACGGCUCGCAUCGUUGAACCACAGUUUCGAGAUUCCCCGUUGUACAUACACGUCGUUUAUAUUAUUAAGCCUGAUUUGUUAAGUUUAUGUUUUUUUUUAAUUUU